CUCGGUUCGCCGGUGACGCAGCCGCCGGAAGCUGCAACAAUGAGUUACACAGAGAAGCCCGAGGAGAUCACAAAAGAAGAAUGGAUGGAGAAACUGAACAACUUGCACAUCCAAAGAGCUGACAUGAAUCGCCUAAUUAUGAACUACCUUGUUACAGAGGGAUUUAAGGAGGCAGCAGAGAAGUUUCGGAUGGAAUCUGGAAUCGAACCUAGUGUCGAUCUGGAGAGCCUGGAUGAAAGAAUAAAGAUCCGAGAGAUGAUUCUGAAGGGCCAGAUCCAGGAAGCUAUUGCUCUGAUCAAUUCCCUUCACCCUGAGCUGUUGGAUACCAAUCGCUACUUGUAUUUUCACUUGCAGCAACAACACCUUAUUGAGCUGAUCCGACAAAGGGAGACAGAGGCAGCUCUGGAGUUUGCACAGACCCAACUGGCAGAGCAGGGAGAAGAAAGCCGUGAGUGCCUGACUGAGAUGGAGCGGACGCUGGCACUGUUGGCAUUUGACAACCCAGAGGACUCUCCCUUUGGCGACUUGCUUAAUAUGAUGCAGAGACAAAAGGUGUGGAGUGAAGUUAACCAGUCCAUCCUGGAUUAUGAGAACCGCGAGUCCACCCCUAAACUGGCGAAAUUACUCAAAUUGCUCCUCUGGGCUCAGAACGAACUGGACCAGAAGAAAGUGAAAUACCCCAAGAUGGCCGACCUCAGCAAAGGAACAGUGGAAGAGCCCAAGUAACUCCCAGUUCACAUAACAGGAACUCCUGGAUAUAUUUGCCUGUGCGCAUCCUCUGUAUUCUCAGUGACUGCAACAUUUGUACUUCGUGUGCAGCUCCAGGGAGAAACAUUCUUACUCCUUGUACUUUUCUCUCACAUCCCUUCCUGGUACAGGAGGAAAGAGGCAGAGAGUAAGGUUCACUCAGUAUUCACUACUACGCUGGCUACUCCCACCUCACUGUGCCAUGGGGCAAUUGUUUAGGCUGCACUUCCUGCUGGUCUAAAAGGGAAUUUGUGAGCAGUCUAACUAUGCACCAGACUUCUUUGCAGGUUGUUACUAAAUUGGUUUGUAGGGGACAUCUCCAAUUAUGAAUUGGGUCUCUCUGCUGAACCUUUUUAUAUCAGUUGUUUGCUUUCUAAAAUACUCUGUCCCAUGUCUUAUCACUUGCCCCACAGUUCUGUGCAUUGCACAUCUUGGCUGGGCACUGCAAGAGUAAUUCAGUUUAUUAGACCCAAAGCGUUAAUUAGACUAAUAUCUGUUUAUGAAGAUGAACUUUGGCAGGUUGGAGAAAUCAGUUGUUUAAACAGAACAGUAUCCAAAGGUAAAUGUUGUGCUUGGUAUAUAAGCUGUGUGCUCUGCUUAUUUAUUGCAAGGGAUUUCUGUCUGUCUUGGAAGUACGUUGUAUUUUAAUUAAAGAGGCAGAGUUAA